GAAGCAAGUUAUAGAUAAGUGCCUUAAAAAUGCACUAUUUAACGGCAUUACGAGCCGGUGUUGAACCAACAAUUGUAGCUCGCGAUUUUAUACAAGAAUUCGUGUUUAGUUAUAUCAGUUCUGGCGAAAUUUCUUUAGAACUGAUAUGUAAUUUUAUUAAUGAUACUCUACUAGCUAUUGGCAUACCAGGACAAAUAACACCUGAGCAGAUAGACUAUGGUCCCAAUAGUUAUCAGUGGCCUACCGAAGUUUUGCAAAUCUAUAGUUUUCACUGCAAUAAUUUUGAAUUCGCCUCUGUGGAAAUGUUUUUAUUGGCCAUUUGCAAAGAAACUCACGAACAAACUGAGCAAUUUUUGAAUAAAGUCGAUUGUGAUGAUGGCGACGAGCUCAGUGAUUUGGAAACACCUAUAGAAUUACUAACACAAUUGAUGGGAGGUUGGCGCAGUGCUUAUAAACAAUUGUUAAUGGGGAACAAUUGGGGAACAGCACAAAAGUUCAAAGAACCAUUGGCCAGAAUAAAUGUUUGCUUAUUGGAGGGUAUGCACAAACUACGAAUGUCAUAUCGCAGUGCAUUAAGCAUAUUGGAUAGGAUUUGUAAAAUCCUAUUUGAUAGUGCUUUACAAGGACUUUGUUAUAAGCAAUCCAGUGGUCCCAUAAUCGAUCGUAUACUUAUACUUAUUUCUAAAGACUUGGAAAUAUUUAAGGAUUCCUUAGCGGAUUUCUUCUAUGAAAUAUUAUCAUUGGAGUACACGCCAGGUAUUCUGAAAAUGUAUCAUGGAUUAAAUAUUAUGCUGGAAGAAAAUGAAGAUCAUCGCCUGAAAAUUUUAACUGACAUUCUUAUAGAACGAAAAUUUUUGGAUGUAUAUUAUACUACGUUGAGACAAGAAGGUACGGAUGUAGCAAAAAUGCAACUGGAAACAUUGAAAUUUUUGAAAAUCCUACAAAGUAAACUCAUAACAUUGGACUGCUUUUCACGAGAUUUCAUGGAAGCAAUAUUAAAUUUGGUUUUACAAAAUAAAAAGAAGAUUUCCCAUGUGGCUUGUUCUUUAUAUGUGGCCAUGAUGAAACGUAAAAUGACUGAUGAUUUUAUAUUCAAGCAUAUCCUCAAAUUUUUUAUGAAGUAUAUGACCUCAAGAUAUCAAUUGAUGGAUUAUGUAAAGCAUUUCUAUAAUAAUUUUGAGUAUUUCCAAUGUGUUCAUAACUUUUUUAAUAUCAUUGUGAACGUGAAAAAUGCCGAUGACCUACGUUUACUUAGCUCUCAUGUGGUUUUGUUAAUUAUUGAAAUGAAUUUUGAAACAAAUGAAUCGCCCACAAUUGAAUUAGAACCCAUUGUACAAAUAAUACCUGAAAUAUUUGAGAAAAUCGAUCUUGAAAAAUGUUAUGGAAUUUUACUUGGAAUUUUUAAUUAUAUUGACAUGCAAAUGCUUCAAGGAGAGACCUUGGAUCACAUCACCUACUAUGCAGAGCAUAUAUUUAAGAACCUUGAUAAACAUUACGAGUAUGCCUUGCUUAUGAAUGUUUUUAGUGUUUUUCACAAAUGUUUGAUUGUAACACAAGAAUGGCAACAUUUGGAAUUGAUUAGUGAUGAAUUGAUGUUCAAAUACUAUGGCAUGAUACGAAAACUGGAAAUGAAACAAGACAAAAAACGUAGAAAACUCCCAUUUGAUUUUUACGCCAAUUUUCUGGAGAUUUUAAAACGUAUAAAUAUAAUUAUUAAAACUCGUUAUGAGACGUUUGAUAAUCUCGAAGAUGUGAUACGCAGUUUGCAGGAAAAUGUAUUGGACAGUAAUCGUAAAGAAUUCCAAGAAAAGAAUAUUGAUAUAUUUGCCAUUGAAAUAUGUGUAUCCAGUCUAAUUCAUGAAGCCAAAAAGGAAUCGCCCACAAGCAUUUUAGAUUCCAUUUGUUUUGGAAAAGCUCAAGAUAUAUCAAAAUAUUUGAUAAAUUGCUUGAAAAACAUAAACGAACCAACCAAGCUACCAGCCUUUCGUUUGAAAGCUUACUUUUGCAGUCUUCUUAAUCUGUAUUGCCAUUUUCCCAUUACUCUCACAACCAAUUUCUAUUGUUAUUUGGCUGAAAUUUUAUCAGGGCUCCACGGUUUAUCCAAACAUGAUUACAGCCAAUUAUCUGACGAUGAUCAUCCGUAUCUGGCAUUUGAAUAUCAUCGCAUAAUGUUUGAACAUUUUGCUGAACUACACAAAUAUCAACAUAUCGAAGUAAAAUCCCACAUAGUAUGGAAACUUUGUAUACAUUAUGGCGAGCCACACAAUAAAUUUAACGAAGAACUGAAAGGAUUAUUAAAAAUACUGGCCACAAGUAGAAUGAAUGUCUAUACGCAUAUUAUUGCUGUAAUUGUUUAUAAUCUUUAUAAGCAACAACCACCAAUGAACAACAAUACAAUAUUGUUACUUUUAAAAAAGCAUAUGCACCUAAUUACCAAUGAAUUACAAGAAAAUUCGCCAAAUAAUAUUAAACUAAGUAUUACUCUGUUACUAACCGAAAUGAUUGAAAAAUCUCUAAACGUUCUAAAAUUGAGCAAUCGACAUAAUCGUUUAGAGGCUCUAAAACAUUUGGAUGUUUUUCUCGAGGGCAUGGAUUUAAGAGAAUUACAGGCCGAGCAGUUAAUUUUAGAGCAGCUGGAUGCAAUUAGAAAACAUUUAUUAACAACCGGGGAAAUACAAACACUGCAACAUUGCCAAAAUUUUAUAAGCAAUUUGUAAAUUGCAUGUGUUUUUUUGUUUAUGCGACGAGUGAUGCUAAGGCAAGCAGAUGUCUUUCUUGAAUUGUUUAUUUUUUUUUUUUUUUUUUUGUGGCCUCAUUGAAUUUAUUAUUGUAUGACAGUUACCAGUCACCCAUCACCUUGUUUAAGCAUACUGUAUUAUACAUACGUCAGAAUUUGUUGUUUGUUUUGAUUUAUGUCUAUUAACACCCCAAACUGAACCUGCCCCGCACAAACAGAUACCCGUACUAACUCAUAACUUCCUAUGUUGACACAGUAAUUGAAUUGGAAGAGGAGAAGACAAGCCUUUAAUACCGUUUGUAUUAUUAAAAUAAAAUUUCAGCAAUUUUAUUUAUCUAAACAAGAUAAUAAGAUAAUUCAUUUUGUGAAAAUUUUAAAUUAUCUCUUGCUCUCUUCUAACGGGCUGUCGUCAUAAGAUUUAUUCUACUUUUUAUUGUUAUUAUUAGUAUUGUUAGUUAUGUUUGUACAAUUGAAAUAAAACUGUACACUUUUUGUUUUCUUAUCAUAAUUUUGAAUUUAUUUUCUUCGUAAUCUUGGGGAAAU